AGGGGGGCGGCGAGUCCAGGUCGGACUUCCUCCGCGGCUGGCUGGAGCUCGCUCGCCCCGGGGAGCACCCCCUCUUUGCAUCGCCGCUGCAGCCGUGCGCGCGCGCGCCCUCCGGACCUGCACCCGAGCACGAUGUGGAAGCGCUGGCUCGCCCUGGCCUUAGUGGCCGUCGCGUGGGUCCACGGCGAGGAAGAACUGAGGAGCAAAUCCAAGAUCUGUGCCAAUGUGUUUUGUGGAGCCGGACGGGAAUGUGCAGUCACAGAGAAGGGCGAACCCACCUGCCUCUGCAUCGAGCAAUGCAAACCUCACAAGAGGCCCGUGUGUGGCAGUAACGGCAGGACCUACCUCAACCACUGUGAACUGCACAGAGAUGCCUGCCUCACCGGGUCCAAAAUCCAGGUUGAUUAUGAUGGACACUGCAAAGAGAAGAAAAUUGUAAGCCCAUCUGCCAGCCCAGUUGUUUGCUAUCAAGCCAACCGUGAUGAGCUCCGGCGCCGCAUCAUCCAGUGGCUGGAAGCUGAGAUCAUUCCAGAUGGCUGGUUCUCGAAAGGCAGCAACUACAGUGAGAUCCUAAACAAGUACUUCAAGAGCUUUGAUAAUGGAGACUCUCGCCUGGACUCUAGUGAGUUCCUGAAGUUUGUGGAGCAGAACGAAACUGCCGUCAACAUUAGCACGUAUGCUGACCAGGAGAACAACAGGCUGCUCAGAGGACUCUGUGUCGAUGCUCUCAUUGAGCUGUCGGAUGAAAACGCAGACUGGAAACUCAGCUUCCAGGAAUUCCUCAAGUGCCUCAACCCAUCCUUCAACCCUCCCGAGAAGAAGUGCGCCCUGGAGGAUGAAACGUACGCGGAUGGGGCCGAGACCGAGGUGGACUGUAACCGUUGUGUCUGCGCCUGUGGAAACUGGGUCUGCACAGCCAUGACCUGCGACGGAAAGAAUCAGCAGGGGGUCCAGCCCCAGGCAGAGGAGGAGAUGACCAGAUACAUCCAGGAGCUGCAAAAGCAUCAGGACACGGCUGAAAAGACCAAGAGAGUGAGUGCCAAACAGAUCUAAGAAGACACCCCGAGCGCCCUGUGUCUGGAGCCCAGCGCCUCCUCCUUCCCACGAGCGUCUGCUACAGUCCCCAAAUCACCAGUAUUUGCUUGUAUAGCAGCGCAUCUCCUUGUGUCUGUUUUUCACCGUGAAGGAAAUGGGGGUGGCUGGCUAGCUGGGAGCGGGCCACAGCCUUCAUUUCAACGUGCGCUUUGAAGGGAACUGUCAACGAACGGUAUCCUGGGGCUAGAAGCAAGUACGGAAACCGCAUCGGAUUGGGAGAGGAGCGGGCCUGGAUCUGAAUGAAGCCUUUCCGAGGUCACAGCACCCAAGAGGAGUGACAGGGUCAGCGUGUCAUACCGGUGAGGACUGAGAGGCUAUGCUGAGGGGUGGGGAAGCGCAGUGGAGAGGAAUGCACGCUGCUUUGAGCCCUGUUGUCAUCACUGUGGGCAUGACAGGCCCCCCAGCAUCUCUGCUUCACCUCUUGGUCUCGACCAUUGCUUCUCCAUACCUAGCCAUCCUGCUGGUUAUCUAGGGGUGUCUGGGGGGGAUCAUGCAUCAAAGUUGCAAACACUUGUGUGCAGAAAGCACUGUGCAGACCUGACCAAAUGUUAAAACACUUUUUUUUUUUUAACCAAAGGUGCUAUUGGCCUGUAGAACACUUUCUCUGUGACAAGUUUGACUUCAUUCUUCAAUUAUUAUCAAUAUUAUAGUAUCGUUGUUGUUGUUGUUUUUAACAUUUCAUUUUCUUGACUAGAUAUUAAGCUUUUGUAAUUAUUUUAUUUUUCAGUAGUCCUACCAUUUCAGGGGUAGAAAGAAGAGUUUGGAAACUCUGUAACUCAGAAUCUCUCCCUCCCUCCCCCCCCCCACUACAUACCAGAUAGACACAGCCCAGAGCUGUACCCCCUGGCAUUCAGUAGGUCAGUUGUGUGCCAAGAGGGACAGUUGUUGCCUCAGAAGCCAAGGAAGGAAGCAUCUUCAUUUACAGCUGUUGAAAUCCCAAAAGUUAUUAAUGCUUUUCUGUCUUUUGAGAAGCGUGGGCAAAUUUCAAAAGACGGAGCUUUAGACUAUCCCAGUCUACUAACAUGCUGGCCAAUGUGCCUCUGGCUGGCACAGUAACUGUGACCCUCUCUCUCUCUUUUUCUGGGCAUCAGUGAUAAGAAUGCAUCACUCUUAAGAUCUGAUAAGUGAUAAAGUUUGUGGUUCAUGUAGUUGGUCCAGAGAGAGAUAGAUUCCUGCAAUUUUCCUUCUUCUGAUGAUAGAUGAAAUCACAGUGUCGUAAUAAGAAUUGUCAAAGGGCAGGAAACAAAUGAACCAUGUUUUACCUUGGUCCAAAUGACACUGGAGGGUUGGGCACAAUUGGGCAAACUUGCCCAGGAAAAGAGAAUGAGGGAGAACCACCUACUGGUCAUCAGCUGUGCACAUCAGUGUGAGGUCUGGUGAGAGUAAAGAAAAAGCUUUCUGUUCAGAGAUCGGAUGAGUCAAGAGGCAUAAGAAAUGGAAAUAGAAUCUGAAAACUAAGCACUGGGGGUGUGGGGGGGGAAUCAGUUAUUUGUCCGUCAGUCCUGUUUCUUUGGCUUCUGAUUAUUAAAUCCCCUUUUACCAUGUUUCACGUGCACUUAGCAUGACGCGAUCAAAAACCUUGAAGAUCUCAUUUGCAAAACCUCAGAUUGCAGUCCCUCCGAGGGGAAUCAGUUCAACUGUUUUGCACAGGCGACUGUGUGAAAGUUGUGCUGGGAAUGGAAUUCCUUCUGAAUACUUCUCCUUGUUCUCAUUUGAAAGGAGAAGCCUCCGCUUUACCUCCUAGUCUGAGCUUUUAUAGAGCAUCCCAUUCAAAGACUCUUUGAACCCCGCUUAGGCACUCUGAAAUGCAGCUUCCUGUCCAAGUGCCUUGGAAAACUCCAGCAGCAUUGCCUUAAUCAAAAAAAAAGAAGUUUUGCCAGUUCUUGGACACAAUGGGAGAGGGCAGGAAUACCACCAGUUUAUUUAAAGCAAGAAUGUCUCAUUACCAAUUACAUUUAGGACAGUUGCCACCCAGGAGUAUCCCGCCUGCACCGCUGAAUUCCCAAGAGCAAGGCCACUUUCCUGUUCAUUUCUGCUGCUUCUGUGUAAAUAAGGCAGCAGUUGCGUGCACCAUUGGAUCAUGUGAUCCGAGAACCAUUCAUGGAAAAGCUGCUAAGAGCCUAUUAGAAGGUCUUGGAUAGAGCUCGACCUUCAGCUACCAAGUGAGAUGACAUCAGGUUCGGUUCCUACAGUCUUCUAAAAGCAUGUAGGGCCUAAACUGCAAGCUUCCUGAGCUUUCUCUGUGUGUGGCUUUAUAAACAUCAUCAGGGUACUUGGAGACCUUCCUACAUGCCAGGGCUCUGGGUUCUGUCAGUUUUGGGGAAGCAGGAUCCUCCACCUGCUAACAAGUUCAUGUCAACAGUUUGAAUGUCUUCCUUUGACACCUCUGAUAAACACUCAGGCUUCAGGAAACGGUUUGGACAGGUUUCUGUUGCCGGUAUGGUUGUGGAAAUGUAUUUGUAUUUAGUAUGCUUCCAUACUGCAUUUAAUUUGUUUUUGUAGCUCCUGAUUUUAUUGAUAAAUAAAGAGAAGAAAAGAAUA